AUGGCUCCGCCAAAGAAAAACGAGUUCCUCGAUGCUUCCGACAGCGAAGAUGAUCAGAUUGACGCCUACGAUUCCGACAACGAGGUGGCCAAGGGCGGCCGCAGCGCGAAGCGGCGCAAGGUCGACAGCGACGAGGACGACGACGUGAUCAGCGACGCGGAGCAAGACGCAAGCGACGCCGAGGGUGACGAUGACGAGGGAGAAUCAAGUAAAGAAGCCGAAGCGGGAGACGAGGGCCAAAAACAAACCUCAAAAUCCAAGUCCAAGAAGACGAAACCAGAGCUCGACACGGAGCUUCCAGACAUCACCAGGCCAUUGACCAAGAAGAACCUGGUCGCCACCGACAAGGCCAUCAAGAAGUCUGGCGUCGUCUUUCUCUCCAGGAUACCACCCUUCAUGAAGCCCGCCAAGGUCAGAUCCCUGCUGGAGCCGUACGGCACCAUCAACCGCACGUUCCUCGCGCCCGAGGACCCGGCCUCGCACGCGCGCCGCGUCCGCGCGGGCGGCAACAAGAAGCGCCUCUACACCGAGGGAUGGAUCGAGUUUGUGCGCAAAAAGGACGCCAAGGCGGUGUGCGAGCUGCUCAACGCGCGCAUCAUCGGCGGCAAGAAGGGCAGCUACUACCACGACGACAUCUGGAACCUCGUCUACCUCAAGGGCUUCAAGUGGCACCACCUGACGGAGCAGAUCGCGGCCGAGAACGCCGAGCGGGCCAGUCGCAUGCGGGCCGAGAUCAGCAAGGCGACCAAGGAGAACAAGGAGUUUGUGCGCAACGUGGAGAAGGCCAAGAUGCUCGACGGCAUGCAGGCCAAGGCCAAGUCCAAGAAGCGCAAGGCCGCGGACGGCGACGCGGAGGUUGCUGCUGCGCCGGCGGCCGCGGCGGGCGGCGAGCGGGAACGGGCGCGGACGUUCAAGCAGGUGCAGCAGGUCAAGAAGGCGGACGUGGAGGAUCAGCCCGAGCGUGUCACGCGGGUUCUGAGCAAGAUCUUUUAA